AUGCUGGCAGGCCAAAAGCCAAAAAUAAACCCUGGCUCCGCUCCGGCUCCCUGGAUCCACGCUGGAAGUUGGAAACUGAUAACUUGCACGCAGACGAAAGACUGUUUUGAAACGCACUAUAACCCAAACCAUGACCUGGGGGGAAAUCUCCUUUCCGAUCACUUCGGUUACGCGCCUCCCGGACUCGGUCCGCACUGUUCCAGAUCCCAGAUCGGCAUCGCAAACCUCCAAGUAAUCGACUGCGUCCCCGAAUUACCUGGUUCACCCCUCCAAGGCCUUGAGGCUCAGCCUGCGCCUCCUCCCUCAUCCCCCCACACCACGAAGAAACCCGAAGUUGCCCCAAUCACUAUACAGCACUGGCACGCCCGAGGGACACAAAGGCCUCUCUAUGACUUUGCAGUUGAACUCCAGAUGGGCACCAAAACUGUCUCGAAGCCUGUAUCCUCCCUCCGCUCCCAUUUUGAACAGAUGUCGAGCUCCAAGCCGGCCAACAAUCUCGCGUCGCGCCCUGUAUCCCCGAAACCAACUACGACCAGUGCUGGCACAGUGGAAAUUGCCAGAAAUAAUACCGGCCGACAAGAGAGUAUAGGACCUCCGGCAGAUGACCGUCAGGAAAGCAGAGGGAGGAAUAGGGAACCAGCUGAUGUUGGGCUUCGAUUUCUUGCAGCCAACCAUGCUGCUGGUUAUUCGCCGUCACCCACACGAACCCCUCGAACGAAGCCGACAGUUACAAUGCCCCCUUCAGUUACCAUACAACCUCCGCAGUCGCCUCCGAAAGGAAAGGUUCUAAAUCUAAACCUGUCCACUCCGUCCCCAUAUCUCACAACUGAUGUCCCAUUAUCCGCUGCUUCGGCAGGCUCGUCCCCACGACACUUCCGAAUCCCUAGCAGACCACAUACGCCUCUCCUCGAUCCAAGAAAACCCCCCUCUUCGCCCUCAUCUAGGCCCCCAUCCCCACCACCGCCUCGAAGGUCAGGCGAAUUCAGGCGGAAUAGUUCUUUCCAAUCACUACCUCCUCCGGUCAACAGGGCUGAAAAGCCCAAAAUUGCGAGCAAGCCCUUCUCAUUAGGAUACUGGUCCGACGCAGCAACUCUGGUACCUCCUCACUCCCCAAUCAUUGAUGAGAAGUCUUCGCCAUUUAGCAGCCCUCCGAAUAGUAGACGCAGCGGUGAAAAUGAAAUAUUUGCCCCCCCUUUGCCGGGUCCAAGACCGGCGAUACGACCUGAAGCUCAUUCGGUGACCUCAGCGACCCAGCGGUCGUUUGAACCGCCUCCAGUUCAUUACGCUGUUGCCAAUAAGCGGAAAGACCAGGAUAUUAAUGGCCUAAGCCGAACCCCUAUUCCAGUCCAAGUUACAGGCGAACAGAGGCCAGCGUUGCCAACACGACCUCAAGCAACCUCCGAAAUCCCAAUACCUCGCAGUGCCUCUCGAAAUUCCAUGCUGCCACCCCCUCCUCCUCGGCCAUCCAUGGACCGGACGCGCCCACCCGUGAACACACGCCCGACCGCUGAAGCUACGCCUCCCAAGAGAAUAGUUUCAAACCCCACUUCGCAAUUACAAACCCCACCACGCCAUGGACGGUCAAUGACAGUCGACCGAGCAUCCAACAAAGCGCCUGAUGAAUUCCGUACUCCAAUGAAUACGUCCGUAGCCCAAUCUCAGCGUCGUCCAUCCCCAGAUGUUGCUCCUACUAUGUCUUAUAUUAGUCAAGCUCUGAGCUCGAACGCCGCCGAAUAUCCGGAUUCCUCACAGUCGAAUCGUCGCCCUCCGCAUUUUAAACAGGGGGCAUUAGAGAUAUCUACCAAAUAUGAUACUCGAAUCGUUGAUGUUUGUGGCGAAUUUGUUUGCACAUCCGGCCAUUUGACUAGGGUAUGGAGUUUGCUUGAUGGGGAGAUGAUCAUGAGUCUGGCCCAUACCGAAGGCAUUAAAAUUAUCUCGGUUGCUUUCAAGCCCACAUCAGAUAUCAGCGACGAAGGCUCCCAACUCUGGCUUGGCAAUAAUAUUGGCGAACUCUUCGAGGUAGACGUUCGGUCACAAAGCGUAACAGCAGUCAAAACCAACGCCCAUACUCGUCGCGAGAUCACUAAAAUUUAUCGCCAUCUGGACGAGAUGUGGACACUUGACGAUGGCGGUACACUGCAUAUAUGGGCACCGGACAGCUCUGGAGCCCCGGCUCUUACCACCCCUCAUCAAAGUUACAGGAUACCUAAAGGACAUACUUUCUCGGUGGUGGUCAGGGAUGAACUGUGGCAUGCAACUGGCAAGGAAAUCCGUAUUUUUGUCCCCACUCGAGAUGGAGCAGCCCAGUUUCAAGUGCUGGCACGACCACUUAGCCAACCAAAUGCUGGAGACAUAACCUCCGGCUGCGUUAUUGGCCCCAAGCCCGACAGAGUGUAUUUUGGUCAUACUGAUGGAAAAAUUAGCAUCUAUUCGCUCCGUGACUAUUCAUGCUUAGGAAUUGUGAAUGUUAGCGUGUAUAAGAUUACGAGCUUGGAUGGUGUUGACGGCAGGCUUUGGGCCGGUUUUAGCACUGGUAUGGUCUAUGUCUAUGAUACUACUCAAAGUCCAUGGAUGGUGAAGAAAGAUUGGCGUGCCCAUCACGACCCUGUAAUCAAGCUGAUCGCCGACAAGAGCAGUUGCUGGUCCCUUGACCGGGCACAAGUUAUUUCCCUCGGCCAGGAUAACAUGUUACGGGUAUGGGAUGGCUUGCUGCAAGAUGACUGGAUUGAAACUCAAAUGCAGUCCCAGGAAGCAGAUUUCUGCGAAUUCACACAGAUUAAAGCCUUGGUUAUGACCUGGAAUGCAGGUGCAACCACACCAUAUCAUCUCCAGCAUUCGGAUAACGACGGUACCUUUUUUCGCGAUCUUAUUCAGGGCAGCGACUCUCCCGACAUCCUUGUAUUUGGAUUUCAAGAAUUAGUUGAUCUAGAGGAUAAAACAAGAACAGCUAAAAGCUUUUUCAAGUCCAAAAAGAAGGACCCCAACUCAGAGCUGGAACAUAUGAGCCAUCAGUACCGUGACUGGCGAGAUUUUCUCACGCGCUGUUUAGAUGAUUACAUGCCGGCAAGCGAACUGUAUCAUCUGCUGCAUACCGCAACCCUUGUAGGGCUCUUCACUUGCAUAUUUGUGAGGGCACCUCUCCGAGAGCGAAUACGCAGUGUAAGUGCUGCCGAAGUCAAACGGGGAAUGGGUGGCUUGCAUGGAAACAAGGGAGCGUUAGUCCUACGAUUCCUCUUGGAUGAUACGUCACUAUGCCUCAUUAACUGCCAUCUUGCAGCUGGCCAGAGCCAAACCAAGGAUCGCAACCACGACAUAACUGCAAUUUUAGAGAGUGAAAUGUUUCCUGUUGAGAGGGAUCGCACUGUCCGGCAAGAUACUUUCAUCGGAGGGGGCGACGGGACAAUGAUCCUAGAUCAUGAAAUAUGCAUAUUGAACGGAGACCUAAACUACCGCAUCGACACUAUGGGUAGGGACACAGUAGUCAACGCGGUAAAGGCCAACAAUCUCAGCAAGCUUCUUGAAAGAGAUCAAUUGCUUGCCUCAAAGAGGAAGAACCCGUGGUUCAAACUCCGCUCUUUCCAGGAAUUGCCCAUUACAUUUGCGCCAACUUACAAGUACGACGUUGGAACGGAUAAUUACGAUACGAGCGAGAAGAAACGAUCACCAGCAUGGUGUGAUCGGAUACUCUAUCGAGGCCGCGAUCGUAUCGAGCAGAUAGAUUAUCUACGCCACGAAGUUCGAGUCUCGGACCAUAGACCUGUUACGGGGCAGUUCAACAUGUUGGUCAAGAGAAUUUCGCCCAAGAAACGAGCCAUUAAAUGGGACGAUUGUCAGAGGCAUCUAUCAGAGAUGAAGGAAGGCUAUACAUAUGAAGCAAAGCUCAAUUAUCUGACGAAUGUGCUUGGGUUUGCCGCGGGGGUUGCCAAAACAUUGAUUCAGCAAAACCAGAAGGGUCGAUAA